GAGAGGUGACUUUGGAGAAGGCUGCAUAUGUUGAUGGUGAUUAUCUCUGGGUGCUAGAGUUUCUCGGGUAAUGUUUACUUUUCUCUUUAUCCUGUUCUAUGUUGGUUGAAGUAUUUAUAGCAAACACAUGUUAUUUAUAUAAUGGAUAAAAUGUUCUUUGCGAAAAGAAAAAAGAAAAGCUAUUUGUGUUCUGAUACCUAAAAAACUCAAACCUAGGGAAAAGUGGCAAAAGUGUUCAAAGAACUCCCAUAUACCCCCUCACCCAGAUUCACUUAUUUUGAAUAUCUGGUCACAUGUGUGCUCUAUGUAUAUACACAUUUUUUGAACCAUUGGCAAGUCAGCUGCUGAUAUCACACCCCUAAUUAUUUCAGCAUUCAUUCCCAAGAACAAAGGCAGUCUCUUACAUAACCCAGCACAAUAACAAUCAAUAAACUUAACAUUGAUACAAUACUAUCAUCUAAUAUACAGUCAAGUUUUGCUAUUUGUCUCCAUAUUGCCCUUUACAGUAAUUUCCUCCCCAGUCCCGGAUCCAGUCCACGACCAUUCGUUGCAUUUAAUUGUCACGUCUUUUUAGUCUCCUUUAAUCUGCAACAGUUCCUCAGAUUUUCUUUGUCUUUCAUGACACAGACAUUUUUGCAAGAGUACAGACCAGUUAUUCUGUAGCAGAAGAAACUGAAACUCAGUUUGGGUUUGGCUGAUGCUUCCUCAGGAUUAGACUAAUUUUAUGCACUGCUGACUGCGUGGUGACGCUGUGUCCUCAGUGCCUCACAUCAGCAGGUGUGCAAUGGACGUCAGUUUGUCGUAUUACUUAUGUUAACGUGGACCAUUUGGUUAAGAUGGUGUCUCAGCUUCUCUACCUUUUUAAUUAUCAAAUAACUUGCGGCUGUUUAUGUGAAAGACUUCGAAUAGCCUUUCCCUUUCAUGGGAGAAAAAAAGCGAGGCUUUCCUUUGAGGAAAUGGAUACCUAUUUCUUGCCGAACAGACCCAACAGCUCGCCUUCAGGAGCAACAGCCUUUCUCAAUAAAGUUACGUGAGCGUGAACCUUUCCGGAAGGGCUGAGUCGGCUGGACCGCAAGGCAUGAAGGGAAUUGUAGUCUCCCUGGGCGCCCGGGGUUACACGCCGCCCUGUGGCCUCCUGGAGAAAGAGCCAGAAGCCGAAAAGGGAGGGCAGCCGAGGGAGCCGGCGGAGGCGCGCUGGGACGCGGUGGAUCACAGGACUGGUAGUUCACGGGAGCACUACUGCCGCGGUCGCCGCGCCCCGCGCGGAAGAACUGGACUACCAUACCCAGUAGGCCACGCGCGCGGGGGAAGGGGAACCCGGCCUGGGCCUCGAACAAAUCAAAUCGAAGGAAAGAAACUGCCGGCUUUCAAAAUCCUCCUCCUCCGCCAUCAUCCGCCGCCGUGCGGGGAGCAGGUGGUGUCGGAGACGGGAGUGGCGAGAACUGCUGGGAGAGCUGACGGGAGAGCGGGCCGGGCAUCGGGACCUCUGGGCUCAGAGGCGGCGACCCCGACCUGACCUGACCCGGACCCUACAUCGUUCCCCGCCCCUGCCGGGCGGACGCGCGCGCUCAGGUCGCCCCACGCGGCGGCGCCGCCUGUUUACGUUUGCAGAUUUCCAGGGGAGCCCAGCAACGUGGCCAGCAUGGCCUCUGAAGACAUUGCCAAGCUAGCAGAGACGCUUGCCAAAACCCAGGUGGCCGGGGGACAGCUGAGUUUCAAGGGCAAGAGCCUCAAACUCAACACUGCAGAAGAUGCCAAAGACGUGAUUAAAGAGAUUGAAGACUUUGAUGGCUUAGAGGCUCUGCGCCUGGAGGGCAACACGGUGGGCGUGGAGGCAGCCAGGGUCAUCGCCAAGGCCUUGGAGAAGAAGUCAGAGUUGAAGCGAUGCCAUUGGAGCGACAUGUUCACCGGGAGGCUGCGGUCCGAGAUCCCGCCAGCUCUGACCUCACUAGGGGAGGGACUCAUCACAGCCGGGGCGCAGCUGGUGGAGCUGGACCUGAGCGACAACGCAUUCGGGCCUGACGGCGUGCGAGGCUUUGAGGCCCUGCUCAAGAGCUCCGCCUGCUUCACCCUUCAUGAGCUCAAGCUCAACAACUGUGGCAUGGGCAUCGGCGGUGGCAAGAUCCUGGCAGCGGCUCUGACUGAGUGUCACCGGAAAUCCAGUGCCCAAGGCAAGCCACUGGGCCUGAAGGUCUUUGUGGCCGGCAGAAACCGUCUGGAGAACGACGGAGCCACUGCCUUGGCAGAAGCUUUCGGGAUCAUUGGGACUCUGGAGGAGGUCCACAUGCCGCAGAACGGCAUCAAUCACCCCGGUGUCACGGCCCUGGCCCAGGCUUUUGCCAUCAACCCCCUGCUGCGUGUCAUCAACCUGAAUGACAACACCUUCACUGAGAAGGGUGCCGUGGCCAUGGCCAAGACGCUGAAGACCUUGCGGCAGGUGGAGGUGAUCAACUUCGGGGACUGCCUGGUGCGCUCCAAGGGCGCCGUCGCCAUGUCAGAGGCCGUGCGUGGGGGCCUGCCCAAGCUGAAGGAGCUGAACUUGUCGUUCUGUGAAAUCAAGAGAGAUGCUGCUCUGGCUGUUGCCGAGGCCGUGGCGGACAAGAGUGAGCUGGAAAAGCUGGACCUCAAUGGCAACACGCUGGGAGCCGAAGGCUGCGAGCAGCUGCAGGAAGUGCUGGACGGCUUCCACAUGGCCAAGGUGCUGGCCUCCCUCAGCGACGACGAGGGCGAGGAGGAAGAGGAGGAGGAGGAGGAGGAGGAGGAGGAAGGAGAGGAUGAAGAAGAGGAGGAGGAGGAGGAGGAGGAGGCACAGCAAGGGCAAGGAGAGCCGUCGCCCACAGCGUCAAGGAAGAUUCUGGACCCAGACAGCGGAGAGCCAGCCCCCGUGCUGCCCGCCCCGCCUCCUGCAGACGUCUCCACAUUCCUGGCUUUCCCCUCUCCGGAGAAGCUGCUGCGCCUUGGGCCCAAGAGCCCCGUGCUGAUAGCCCAGCAGACUGACACAUCCGACCCAGAAAAGGUGGUCUCUGCCUUCCUGAAGGUGUCCUCUGUGUUUAAGGACGAAGCCACAGUGAGGACAGCCGUGCAGGAUGCAGUAGAUGCCUUGAUGAAGAAGGCCUUUAGCUCACCCUCCUUCAACUCCAAUGCCUUCCUCACCCGGCUCCUCGUCCACAUGGGUCUGCUCAAGAGUGAAGACAAGAUCAAGGCCAUUGCCAACUUGUACGGCCCUCUGAUGGCGUUGAACCACAUGGUACAGCAGGACUACUUCCCCAAGGCCCUUGCACCCCUGCUGCUGGCGUUCAUGACCAAGCCUAAUGGAGCCCUGGAGUCCUGCUCCUUUGCCCGCCACAACCUGCUACAGACGCUGCACAAGGUCUAGAUGCGAAGCCAGCCUUCCCCCAGCCCUUGGCCUGGACCAGUGACUUGGGAAGGGACUCGGAUGAAGGACUCUGGCCAGAGGCAGGGAGGGUCUUUGUCACUUGUGUCAUGUCGGUCCCCGAGUGCGUGUCGGUGUGGUGCGUGUGCAGGUGUGCGCUUCCUGUCAGGGUUGGGGUUUUUAAGGUCUCCCUGCUGGACUGGCCCUGGUCCCACUGGAGGGGAGCUGGCCCCCCUGAGAGGGCUGCAAGCUGCUCUGCCAUUAAACUCAUUGCCAUCUGAGGGCACUCUGCUGCUCCAUGCCUCCAGCUCGAGGCCCUGGUGGCUGUCCCCUCCCACCUUGCCUUCCCUACCCUUCUGGGCUGCCCCAAAGCCUGGGGAGUUGCUGUCUGUCUACCAUCCCCUCCCUCUGUGUUGCGGCUGGGCUGCGUUUCCCGCCCUGCCUGGGGCUGCUCACCUAGUGGCUGACUUUGCCUCCUGUCACUAAGCCCUAGGCCUUUAGCCACUGCCACCCCCACUAUCCAUCCCUGCUGGGCUGAUCUCUGCGGCCUAACGGGCAGGGCCUGCCACGGGGGUGGGGCCGUGGGGCAGUCAGCAGAAGGCAAGACCCUGGUUCCCAGGCCGUGUGGACAGGAAGAAAAGCCAGUGGCGGACACCGAGGUUCUAGGAGCAGGAGUUGCUGGGUAGAUGGUGCUGGGUCCAGACCCAUGGGGCCUGCCCCUUGCUGCUGAGAGGUCUGUGACUGGCCUGGGGGCCAAGCUGGAGGGGGCGCUCUUUGGCAGGCCCAAAACUGUUCUCCGGCCCCAGGGGGCAGGGGCAGGGCCCGCAGAGCCUGAACUGCGGCUCAGGACGCUCUUAAAGGACCUGGACAGGGUGGGGACUGCGCUGGAGCUGCCCCCCUCCCCCCCGACGCUCUGUGCUUUCCCCUUUGUGCUCUUUGUGUGUCUGGGCUGUGCCCGGGGCUUCACAAAUAAAGUCAUGUGUGGCAAGC